UCUCUAGGAACCAGGAUGUCACAGCUGCGUUCUCUUCUUUUAGUCCUUCUCAUGUUAACAAUCAGGUAUUCUUCAGCUUGUGGUGGCACUAGUGGAGGACUCGGCGUCAACGGACGAAAUGCAGAAAAUUCAAUUAGUUCUGAUCGAAUGAUUUCUUAUCCUUGGCAAUCGUGGAAUCCAUACGAUCCUUACCGGUCCCAGUACCAACCAAUUUCUCGAGCUCCUCAAGAUACUGUUGAAGUGGGUGGCAGUAUUAGUUCCUACCCUUAUCCUGGUAACAUCGACAGCUGCAGGUCUUCAUGUACCGGAGAGAAGGGCAAUUGCUUGGACAGCCAAACAUGUUCACUUGCAGGCGGCCGUGCCAGUGGCUCUUGUGCAAACGGCUUCGUCUGUUGCAUCAACGUCGUGAAUAGCUGUCAUAGUGGUUGGGCGCGACACGCUGAUACCGUCAUACUCAACAACACUUACUGGCAGUCUUCAUUGAGACCGAUCAAACCUUCAUCCAGUUGUUCAUUGACGGUAAAGCUGGACUCGAGAUGGCCGGCUGAAUUGCCACCUCCCAAUCCACCAACGCCCUUCUUCACGCCCGUCUGCCAAGUCCGUUUGGAUUUCCUGGUGUUUACAAUUUCCCAGCCGGAUUCGGAAUCCGUCUGCAGCGGGGACUAUUUUGAAGUGGCCGGAGCCACGAACACAGUACCCAAUAUUUGCGGAUUCAACGACGGACAGCACAUGUAUUUGCAUGUACCGAAUUCGGCCAUCGCGCCAACGGAUCUCCAACUUACGUUUAACUUUGGAUCGUCCAACAGCGAAGUCCGCGCAUGGAACAUUUUGAUUUCCAUGAUCCCCUGUGAUUCCCCAAAACUAGCUCCAUCGGAUUGCCUUCAGUAUUUCACCUCACGAACGGGAACCGUCCGUACGUUUAAUUGGCGAGACGUUACCGGGACAGCCACUCGCCAGUUAGCCAAUCAAGACUACAGUAUUUGCUUCCGUGCAGCUCCAACCUUUCCAAGGCAAUUAUGCCUAACACCGUGCACGGUGGUCACGACACAAAAGGCAUUCAGCCUUAGCACACCAUAUGCGGUGAUUGCUGGCGCUGCGACGAUAACUACUUCUUUACCCGUGGCUGAUGUUAGUCAAAUUGGAUCCCUCGAUUGCAAUAAUGACUUUAUCGUGAUUCCUGGCGGAUUCAAUAUCGGCAAUCCUGCACCAGUUCAGAAUAUGGCAUUUGAUCGUUACUGCGGAGAGAAGCUGAACGCCCUUCCUAGAAACAACGCUUCCACUACUAUUUGCACCACUGCAACGCCAUUUAGAGUGCUGUAUCGCACCAAUCGUGACGAGACGUUGACUUCCCCGACAGCGGAUGCUGCGCCCAAUUCCAUUCCUGUCAAUGGAAACCGUGGAUUCUGUCUCAAUUUUAGAGUUUAAUAAUGAUCGGUGAAUAGUGCUAUGAUUUCUUUCUGGUGGAAGUUUUUUAUUGAAAACGGUUGAUGGGAUUACACGUUAUGCAUACUUGGA